GGGGUCCACUAACGAGGAGGGAUAAGAUGAUGAGGGGUGAAAAGUUGAUAGUGGAUGGUGUAGAAAGGGGAAGAAGGGCUAAUACCUUAGUGGAUUCUCUUUCCUCAGGAACUCUUGCCUCAAGUUCAGGUCUGGACUACCUGCAAUUCCAGCGUGCAGUCACAUUGCACGGUUUUCCAGUCAAGCAGUCCAGAACAGGCAGGCGAAAUAUCGUCAUACAGAGUGAGAAGAAGAAACAGAAGGAUCUAGUGGCGAAGAGUGGGUGGGAGUUGCGACAGGAAGUGGACAGUCUAAAGAGGAGGAUGGAGUUGAUGGAGAAGAUAGACAGAACCAACAACCCCCACAUCAGGGCAAACCUCAUGCACAUGCUCAACAAUCAGUCAGCCACAAACAAUUGGGACGGCAGUGGGGGAUUGGAUGGUGCCACUAGAGACAGCAGGAAAGAGAGUGAGUGGAGGGAGAGGGAGAGGGGGGACAGGCGGAAGAGAAUAGACUAUCAGAAGAUAGCAAGGGAGGAGAGAGAGGAGGCAGCCAAGAGGCAUAGGGCCAAGAAGAUGCGCAAGAUGUGGAGGGACAGCAUCAACAAGGUCAUAGAAGAGCGAAAGGAGAGACGGGACCGGAUCACGAACAUGUUCGAAGAGGCGACUAAGAGACUGACCACCCAGAGGUACAGUCGGAAGAACGACCAGACGAGAGACAGCUACGCCAUCCUCCGCUCCGAAAUGGAGAGGGUCCUCCAGGCGAAUAGUCUUUUCUGUUAUUUCUGUUAUAUCUCGUCCGAUCAAAAACGUACGAUUAGAUUAUAG